AUGACCCAAAGCAACACCUACAUCAACCCCAUUCUCCCGGGUAAUCAUCCCGACCCCUCCAUCAUCCGCUCUGGCGACGACUACUUCCUGAUCACCUCCUCAUUUGAAUAUUUUCCCGGAAUUCCCAUAUAUCAUAGCACAGAUCUGAUAUCAUGGAGACAUAUAUCGCAUGCUUUGACACGUCGCUCCCAGCUUGAUAUUCGCACGCCGGAACCUGGAGGUGGAAUAUGGGCUCCGACUAUCAGGGAGCAUGAUGGGUGGUUUUAUAUUACUGCGGCAUGUUUUGACAGGUAUAGACCACAGGAGGAUGAAAGAAUAUGGCCUAGGGGAUUUUAUGUCAAGUGUAAAGCGGAGGUUGUUUUUGGAGGUGAUUGGAGUGAUCCUGUUUGGUUUGAUGAAGUGGGAUUUGAUCAGGAUCUAUUCUUUGAUGAUGAUGGGAAAGUCUACUUAUCAACCACACGACGCAAGCAUGAGCGUACCUUGGGGAGAUCUCUCAAAGACUUCGCCAUUCACAUCAGCACUGUUGAUCUUUCCACUGGCGCUUCCACGUCUACUCCCAAAGUGAUUCGUUCUUCGACAUCUGGGAUCGCAGAAGGCUCUCAUAUCUUCAAGCGAGGAAAAUUUCAUUAUCUUUUCACAGCAGAAGGUGGCACGGAAUCUGGACAUUGUGAAUGGGCAUCACGAUCAUCGAAUGGACCAUUAGGACCAUGGGAGAUUGGGAGUGCUCCAUUAUGGAAAAUUGGGACUGAAGAUGAUGAAGUGGUCAACACAGGCCACGUGGAUAUUGUUGAGGAUAAAGAUGGAAAUUGGUGGGCAGUUAUGCUUGCAUGUCGGCCUAUAAAAUUGCCUGAUGGGGUCAAAACCUUUCCAGGGAUGCCAGGAAGAGAAACAUUCCUUGUACCCAUGAAUUGGGAGAACGACUGGCCAGUCAUGAAUAACGGCAAUAAAGUCGCACUUGAGGGGGAAGGACCAGGAUUGUAUCGGUUACAGCGACCUGUAAGGUGGCGUGAUGAAUUUAUGCAUCCGGAGUUGGAACUUGGCUGGUAUCGGAAAAAUACCCCUCAAAAACGAGACUAUGAAAUUACAACGAAUCCCUCCGGUCUCCGCCUAGUCGGUAGCCCCUACGCACUCAGUAGUCCAGCUUGCCCGACACUUUUUCUCCGCAAACAAACAUCUCGCGUUGGGGUCUGGUCCACAAGACUCUCAUUUCAUCCCACUUCCCGUCAUAUGAAAGCCGGCACAGUAGUGUAUUGGAAUUACUUGACGUAUGCCAGUAUUGAUGUAUAUUCGUAUCCAUGGGAUGUCAGUAAAAGAGCGAUUGAAUUCAAUCUUGUGUUGAAUGGUAAAGAAGCCUGGAUUGUCAUGGGGAAGCUGAAAACAGAGGGAGAUGUGAUACUCUAUAUCUGGUGUACAGAUGAUGGCUAUAAAUUGGGUUAUAGACCAUGUGAUGAAAAGAACGAGAAAGUCAUAAGUUGGAUAGGCGAAGCAACAGUUGACGAGAUAACGGCAGAUCCACCAAUUGGCGCUGCAUUCAUGGGAAUGAUGCUAGGAUUGUAUGCGACCGGUAAUGGGGAUUCUGGUAUGGUCUCAGCGGAUUUCAAGUUUGCGGAAUUUGAUACCCUUCAUGAGCCUGAUCCUAUAGUCAUCGAACCACUUACGUGCUGUAGAUGA